AUGCCGAGUACGCUGAUUACGAUUUUGCUAUACGAUUAUCAUCUCAGCGACAACAUGGCAGACAGCAAGCCCGCGAAAGACCUCCACAUCCUCAUCAUCGGAGCUGGCAUCACCGGGCUGGUGCUGGCCCAGGCGCUCAAGAAGAAUGGCAUCCGCUACACCAUCUUCGAGAAAGAAGUCAAGCUCAACUACCGGAGCAACGAAUGGACCAUGGCCAUCCACUGGGCCCUCGACCGGCUCGAGCGUCUCUUCCCCGCCGACGUCUUCGCCAAACUGGCCGACGUGUCCUGCAACCCGGCCAUCCCCAUCGACGCCGGCGGCAACUAUCCCAUCAUCCACGGCGAGACGGGCGAUCUGCUGGCGGGCGUUCCCUACGCGAAGGGGCUGCGCGUGCCGCGGAGCAGGAUGCGGGCGUUGUCGGCGGAGGGGAUAGAGGUGCAGUACGGCAAGAACCUCGUCGACGUAGCCUUCAACGAGAGCGGCGACGGCGUCAUCGCCAGCUUCAGCGACGGCACCAUCGUGGCCGGGUCGAUCCUCAUCGGCGCCGACGGUCCUCGCUCGAAGGUGCGAGAGAUUGCCAUGGGCAGCGCCGACAAGGCGCGCGUCAGCAAGUUCCCCAUCUUCCACACCAACAUGACUGUGUGCUACGGCGAUGCCGACAAGGCCCGCUACCUGCGCCAGCGUUUCCCGACCAGCUAUCUGGCGCUGAGCCAGCGGUCGUUUCACGCGUUUCAAUCGAUCUCCAGCAUGCCCGACGGCCCUGACCACCCCGAGUCAUGGGUCUUCCACCUGGCCAUGGCCUGGCUGGGCGACAACGACAACCAGCUCAGCUACAAGGAGCGGCUGGCGCUGAUAAAGGAGCGGGCGAAAGAGCUGGGCGAGCCAGCACGGUCUGCCUUUCAGUGGAUUCCCGAGGACACGCAGGUGCACAAGGCCGACAUCAGCUACUGGAUUCCGCAGCCGUGGGACAACCACGGGGGGAGAAUGACGCUGGUGGGCGAUGCGGCGCAUCCGAUGCCUCCGUAUCGCGGCCAAGGCCUGAACCACUGCAUCUGCGACAUCACCUACCUGAUCGACGCCAUCCAGCGGGUUCGCGCAGGAGACGCCAGUUUCAGCGAGGCCAUCACUGCGUACGACGAGGAGAUUGUCCCUCGUGGACGGGAGGAGGUCAAAUGCUCGGUGGAGAACGGCUUCAUGCUGCACGACUGGGAGCUGGUGCAACAGAGUCCCGUGUUUACGAAUGGCUUCCGGCCGAUGACGGGUCAUGACAAGGAGGAUGCUGCUGCUGCUGUCAGCGAGCAUGCUCAAGUUAGAAAGCAGCAGGAGGAAGAGGAUCGUAGGGUAGCUGCUCAGUAG